UCACCAUCUUUCUUCGUCUCCUCUUCUCCACGAGAGGAUAGCCAAAGCUACCUCUCACCCCUACCCUUUUCUCUCUCUCUUUUCUUCCAUUUCUACCCAUUUAUUAUUAUUUUUUUUAUCCAUUUUUAUUUUUAAAUUUUUUUUGUGUUUACAGUUUACAUAUACCCCUUUCUUCUCUUCCUCUCUUUAUCCAUUACAUAAUUUUUCUCCUCCUUAACCAUUUUUGUAACAAUUCCUUAAGUGGAGGAGGAAGGAGGGAGGUUGAGGAUAAAGCAUAAGGGAGAAGCUUUCAUUUCUCUCUUGUUCUUGUUUUAUGCCUCCUCUCAGAUCUUGAAUUCUUCAUCAACUUAUCAUUUUGAUUCAUAUCUUGCCUUUUUUCUAAUUACAAUCCGAUUGGAAAAUGGAGUCAGGGAAGCUUUUCAUUGGUGGGAUUUCUUGGGACACAAAUGAAGAUCGAUUAAGGGAGUAUUUUCAAACAUUUGGUGAGGUUGUGGCAACUGUGAUCAUGAAGGAUCGAACAACGGGCCGGGCUCGUGGGUUUGGCUUUGUUGUUUUUGCUGAUCCUGCCAUUGCAGAUCGAGUUGUUAAGCAGAAACAUAUGAUUGAUGGCAGAACUGUUGAGGCAAAGAAGGCUGUUCCUAGAGAUGAUCAGCAAAUCCAAACUAGAAACCAUGGUAGCCCUAUUGCAUCGCCUGCCCUUACUCGCACAAAGAAGAUAUUUGUGGGGGGUUUAGCAUCUACUGUCACUGAAGGGGAUUUCAAAAGGUACUUUGAGCAGUUUGGUACCAUUACUGAUGUUGUUGUUAUGUAUGAUCACAACACCCAAAGGCCAAGAGGAUUUGGGUUUAUCACCUUUGACUCUGAAGAAGCAGUUGAGAGAGCACUGAUUAAAACCUUUCAUGAUCUAAACGGAAAAACGGUUGAGGUCAAACGAGCUGUUCCGAAAGAGUUAUCACCUGGACCAAGCAAGAGCCCUUUAGGUAGUGGUGGUAGUGGACUUAGUAGAGUUAACAGCUUCCUCAAUGGUUAUCCGCAGAGUUACAAUUCCGGCUUUAUUGGGGGACAUGGAGUCAAAAUUGAUGAACGACAAAGCCCCAUGGCUUUUUCUCGAGGUGGGUUCCCUCCAUUUAGCCCUUCUAUUUAUGGAAGUGCAUUGAAUUAUGAACCUAGGAUGAGUCCAAAUUUUGGUGAAACUGCGAAUAUCUUUCCAAUGAUGAGCUACGAGAAAGGACCAAUUGCAUUGCAUAAUAGCAAUUCCAACAGACACGAGAGAUUUGCCGAUUUUGAUGGGGUGAAGCGAGGUAAUGCUUCUGCUCUCGGUUCAUCUUCAUGGAGCUUGUGGGGGAGUGGCCGUGAGAGCAUCAAUGACACCGCUUUCUCUGGAAAUAAUACUUCUAUGAACUUUAGAGAUGUUGAGGCAAAUACUCUUAAAACUAGUGAAUCAAUUUGGAAUUCUGCCGCCGUUCCAGCUCAAGGUGGAGGGCGUGCUUCUGUCUCGAACGGUCUCAGUCUUAGCUAUAGUCAUGAAGAGAACAAUAUCGGAUCAGCAGUAGGAUAUGACCGAGAUAUCAGAAAUAGGACAGCACCUGUAUUGCCUUUUCCUUCAUUAGAUGAUGGGUAUGAUGCUAAGUUUGACGAUUUUCUUGGUGGUGCGAGUGAGCAGUCCUUGCUUUUGCCAUCCUUGGGGCUGAAUGGAUCCGGUUCAUUUGAAUUUGGACAUGGAAAUUCAGUGUCAGAUAUUCCGCUCAACAAUCCUGCUGGUUUAUGUUGGUAGUUAUAGCAUUUGUCAAUAGCAACAUAGAGGGUUUGAUGCCGUAGGAAAAAUUAUUCAAUUGGAUGAAGUAGAACUUGGUUCGUAGCGUUGAUCAGAGUUGCUGCUUGGAUUCACAAUAGACAGUUAACAAAGAUCGGCUCACUUGUUGAUCGUUUUUACCAUAGUUUUUUUUUUCUUUUUCCAUCGUAGUUUUGUCUGUUUGUCGGGAUUUGUAAAUGGAAUCACGGGGUACACACAGUAUCAUCCAUCACUUGCAACAUGCGACGAGUACAUAUAGAACUAAGACAUGGAUGUUUUCUGAUCUUCAUAUAGUUUUUUUCAGCCAAGUUGUUUAUAUUCUUAUGAGGUAUUCAAAUUUCUGUAGUGAACAUCUGUUUGAGUUUGUAAUAGUUAAAACUCUUCAGAAUGCUUACCAUUCAAA